AUGGAUCUUACCGAGAAGUGGAAGAGACACCUGCGGCAAUCAUCCAGGGUACCCAAAGAUACCAACACUAGCCCAACCCCGAGCUCAAGGCGGGAGGGCUCCAGGUCGCGCAGUGUUUCGCCGCCGAAGCGAUCUAAAGCUCGGCUCGCUGCCAACCCGUCCAGUUCAACAUCAGCUAGGGGCGCUGCCCCGCCCUCGGCAGCGGACGAUGACACUAUAGAGCUUAUCAAACAGCCCGAGACUCGCCCUAUCUUGCAGGAGCAAUUGGUGGCCGAAGUGAAGGGCAUCUACGCUGGACUUGUGAUAGUCGAGAGCAAGUGCAUCGAAGUCGAUAACAACCAGAGUUCUCAGAACGAUCCUGCCAACCGGCUCAACAAUGACCAGUGGCAAGCUCUCAUCGCGCUGCACCGCACUUUGCUCCACGAACACCAUGACUUCUUUCUCGCAUCCCAGCACCCGUCAGCAAGCCCAGCGCUGCGGAGGCUGGCGGCAAAGUACGCCAUGCCUGCCCGCUUCCGACAAGGCCCCAACCACGGGGCGUCUUUAUCACCACUUGGCCAUCCUCGCUCGCCCGAACGCAUUGUAGCAGCAUUGCUACUAUUCGAAGUCGCUGCAAGGCUCCCGCCGACCGAGCUCAACUUUGUAAAGACGCACGGCAUCUUGUUCAGCGGCAAGCAGCAAGACAAGUUAGAUGCCUCAAUGGAGGCGGUCUUUCAGUCGUUAGAUAAUCAUAUCGGCCGCUCCGCGCGGCGCUGGAUUGAAUCAGGAUAUCACAUGGCGAUCUCUAACAUUUGCGCCAUCACUGGCUAUAGUGACAACAACAACCCCAUCACCGCAGCUCUCAAGGCAUUCUCAAGCCUCAGGCCGAGCGACGCCGCCAACGACACCCGGGCUCAACCCAUGGAGGAAGCCCCGGCCGCGCAGUCCGUAUCGUCGGAGAACGACACCAAGGACACCACAGUUUCGACCAGCACGCAACUUUCCAACGCCCUGCGCCUUUUCACCGGCACAUACGACAUCAUAUGCCGUCGUUUCGGUGACAAUAACAUUCUGCCUUUUCUUCAUGUCACGCUAGUCUUCGUCUACUACCUGACUUUCUGCCCCGACGCUAUGGCACACGUGGCGCCCCACUUCCCCUGGAAGCUUACGGCUUCCAUGCUCAAUACGUUGUUGAAUGGCUCAUCGCCAAGUUCUUCGUCGCCGUCUACCGCUGCUGCAGCCCCGGUGUCUAACGUUUCGCAGGCUGCGGGCUUGGCUCAGCUCGUGGAGAGUAAGCAAUUCCCGGGGAGCAAAAAGGGAGUGAGCGCUACUGCGGAGGGUGGCGAGAAGGGAGAUUCUACUGCUCUCGCUGGUCCCAGUGUUGGCGCCGGGCGGCGCAAGCGGCCGCUUCCGGACGAUUACGCCAUAAGAGGCUUUCCUUGGGUUGAGAAGUACUUCCCUGACGGGUGGUUCGUGACGGAGGACAGGAUCGAUGAUGACGAUAAAUACUUUGAGGUCCCAAGCAUGCUGGAGGAGAGGAAGGAGCGGGUUGUAUGGCUGGGUUGCCGGAUUGCUGAGAGCGAAGACGGGAAGUGGUUGCGGUUUGACAAUGAGGCGAAGAGGUUUGGUGUGAGCCCAGAGUACGAUGUCGAGUUGGAACUGGAAAUGGGCGGACAGGUAACCGCUGCCCCGGGGGAGAGUGUCGACUACGGGGAGCUGCCUGACGCGGGUGUCACCGCGUGA